AUGUCGAGAGGACAAAAAUCGAGCGUGCCAAGCCUCUAUGAUCGUAUUGAGAGUGCUUUGGAGCAGAAGGAGAAGGGAAAUGCGUUGAUCGCCAAGAGGGACUACGAACAAGCGCAAAAGUGCUACGACUCGCACGCCACCACAGCAAUGGCAGACGUACACCAACUCUCCAUGGAGCGUCCUCACAUCCUUCAGUACCCCCGUGACGAGAUCGCAGGGCUCGCAUUUCAUCAGACGCCGAUCGCAACAUUCACUGAGCUCCUGAAUGCAGCUCAAUCUGUCGAGAUGCAAACCUCUUCAGCCGGGAAAGCACAAGCGAACCCGAAACCAGAAUGUUCCCUGACCCGUCGUCGUCUGCAGAACCGGGUAUCCUGCCGCAAGACUCGACUGAAGCGCAAGCUCCAGCAACACGAGCGCCAAGUUCUAGCUCAUGAACGUCAAGAACGCCACCAGUAUCUCUCGCAGCUUGCCCACAAACUCGGUGUUAUUGACGGCAAAGAAUUUGUGCACACUUCGUGCGGUACCAACCUAGAUAAGCUCUUCCGUGAGUUCGCAGUGAAGAGUCUGCACUACGCACUGGUGGAUCACGAGUAUCCCGGGUGGGUUAAUGUUGCCAGCGACCAAAUGACAGCACGCAAGGACACAAACCAAGACCGACAAGGCGAUGCCUCUCCAUCGACCAGACGAUCCAAGCGUCUACGUCGUGUUCAUGACAAGGAUGUCGCUACUGCUCUUCAAAGUGAUCCCAGAGCUCCCCAAGCCUCGUUGGUCGAGCAAUGGCGAUCGGUUGUCGACGGACUUCAGAAUGUCGACUUGAAGCUGCAUCGAAUGAAGGAGACUGAUCUGGGAGCUAGUGUCUUUGAGCGACAGUGCUACUGGAAGUUCGUGGCUGUGAGCUCCACCAAGGUGCAACAAGAGGGCGAGAUCGCUGCCGUUGCCGUCUCUGGAGUCACUUCUCUCAAGUUUUACCAACGACAAGUGCAGGAAGUCAACAUCCGUUCAAUCAGACGUGACCAAGAUGCCCACUUCGACUUCGCCGCCAGCCCAAGCAACAUCGACGCAGCCAACUAG